GAUAAUCAAUUUACGUUCUAUCGCCCACGGUACGAACUUCUGCAAGUUACGCUAGCAAAAAUUAAUGUGCCGCAGCGUCUAGUGAACUAUCUCCUUUUGAAUGAUAACUCUCGUUCGGACGGGCACUGCCAACUGAUGCCUACAAGCUUAUGAGGGGAUUUAUACGAGCCGUCCUACCUCAUGUUUUUGACCAGCGGAAACCCAGUUUCACCUAAACAACAGACACUCUUACAAGUCCAAAUCUCAAGUCAUUCACCAUGAGUGCGUCCCACUUCACUCUGCGUCUUAACAACUUCCUCCAGGGUCGUUAUGGCUCGACCUUCGCCGCUCACUUCAAGUACGAGGACACAAGUAGCGGCCCGCAACACCUUAUCGUGUGGACUGGCACUUAUUUUAUCAACGACAUGAAAUACGGUGACGGGUCGGGGUCAUCCAGGAGGGCUGCGAAAGAGGCAGCCGCUCAGAGAACCAUUGAAAUGUUAGAGGCCGAGGGGAAUGACGUCCCCCCUAGCUGAUUCCUAAAUGUCUACGACUCAUUUCUUGAUACCCGGCACUGCGGAGGCUAGACGAUGAGAAGUGAAUGUAUGGGAGUGUGUCUAUGCUGCCGGGCUCGGAUGGUUUUUUGUAUGAUAGAGUCGAAAUGAUAUGCAACGCGCAUAGAAUUUUCGACUGGCUAUGUAAUAGUAGUACUUGUGUCUCCAUAUUUUGUACGUCCGUUGUUCUUGUAUUACCUUGUCCGUUGCUCCGCUUGUG